CCUGAUCCCGUGGGGGAGGCAGCAACGACAGCGGCAACGCAGCAGGGCCAGGCUGGGGCAGGAAGCUGCCUGCAGCUGAGGGCUGGGCUGCGAAGGGCUGGGGCCCAGGUCGGCAGCCGCUGUCUCCUCUCCCUGCCCAUCUAUUUUUAAUGAGCUCCCCAGGCUUCUGCAGCGGACAGGACGCAGAAAGGCAGGCCCAGACAGUGGAGGCCCAAGGCCCCAGCCCUGCCCUGAGCCCUGGCCCCCCAACCCUUCUGGGCAUGAGAGGGCAGCCCUGGGGCCCCGCAGCCCCCUGGCCGGGCAGGGCUCUCCAUGAAGCUCGUGCUGAAGAUGGAUUCGAGCCCAGACAAUGACAGCUGGUUGGAAGAUCAGUGGGAGCGCUGGCUCACCCAUGACAUCAGUCUGGAGGAAUUUGAGGAUGAAGACCUUUCAGAGAUCACCGAUGAGUGUGGCAUCAGCCUGCAGUGCAAAGACAGCCUGUCCUUACGGCCCCCACGCGCAGGGCUGCUGUCAGCGGGAGGUGGCGGCGGCGCGGGGAGCAGGCUGCAGGCGGAGAUGCUGCAGAUGGACCUGAUCGACGCGACGGGGGACACUCCCGGCGCCGAGGACGACGAGGAGGAGGACGAGGAGGAGCGCGCGGCGCGGCGGCCGGGAGCGGGACGGCCGGAGGCCGAGCCCCGCCAGGAGCCGGCGCCCCGCGGCCAGGGCCAGGGCCAGGGCGGCGGGGACACGUACCGGCCCAAGCGGCCCACCACGCUCAAUCUCUUCCCGCAGGUGCCGCGGUCUCAGGACACACUGAAUAAUAAUUCUCUGGGCAAGAAGCACAGUUGGCAGGAUCGGGUGUCUCGAUCAUCCUCACCCCUGAAGACAGGGGAGCAGACACCUCCGCAUGAACACAUCUGCCUGAGUGAUGAGCUGCCACCCCAGAGCAGCCCCGCACCCACCAAGGACCGAGGCACCUCCACCGACAGCCCUUGCCGUCGCAGCGCUGCCACCCAGAUGGCGCCUCCCAAUGGCCCUCCUGCCGCCCCACCUGGUGGCCGGGGCCACUCACAUCGAGACCGUAUCCACUACCAGGCAGACGUGCGACUAGAGGCCACCGAGGAGAUAUACCUGACCCCAGUGCAGAGGCCCCCAGACCCUGCAGAGCUCACCUCCGCCUUUUUACCGCCAGCUGAGAGCCGGAUGUCAGUCAGCUCCGAUCCAGACCCUGCCACCUACCCCUCCACUGCAGGGCGGCCACAUCCCUCCAUCAGUGAGGAAGACGAGGGCUUCGACUGCUUGUCAUCCCCGGAGCGGCUUGAGCCACCAGGUGGAGGGUGGCGGGGCAGCCUGGGGGAGCCGCCGCCGCCUCCACGGGCCUCGCUGAGCUCGGACACCAGUGCGCUGUCCUACGACUCGGUCAAGUACACGCUGGUGGUGGAUGAGCACGCACAGCUGGAGCUGGUGAGCCUGCGGCCAUGUUUCGGAGACUACAGCGACGAGAGCGACUCGGCCACUGUGUAUGACAACUGCGCCUCUGCCUCCUCGCCCUAUGAGUCGGCCAUUGGGGAGGAGUAUGAGGAGGCCCCCCGGCCGCGGCCUUCCGCCUGCCUCUCCGAGGACUCGACACCCGACGAACCCGACGUCCACUUCUCCAAGAAGUUCCUGAACGUCUUCAUGAGUGGCCACUCUCGCUCCUCCAGUGCAGAAUCCUUUGGGCUGUUCUCCUGUGUCAUCAAUGGGGAGGAGCAGGAGCAGACCCACCGGGCCAUAUUCAGGUUUGUGCCUCGACAUGAAGACGAACUUGAGCUGGAAGUGGACGACCCUCUACUGGUGGAGCUGCAGGCUGAGGACUAUUGGUAUGAGGCCUACAACAUGCGCACGGGAGCCCGGGGCAUCUUCCCUGCCUACUACGCCAUCGAGGUCACCAAGGAGCCUGAACAGAUGGCAGGCCUGACCAGAAACAGCGACUGGGUGGACCAGUUCCGGGUGAAGUUCCUGGGCUCGGUCCAGGUUCCCUACCACAAGGGCAAUGAUGUCCUCUGUGCCGCUAUGCAGAAGAUUGCCACCACCCGCCGGCUCACCGUGCACUUUAACCCGCCCUCCAGCUGCGUCCUCGAGAUCAGCGUCAGAGGGGUGAAGAUAGGCGUCAAGGCCGAUGACUCCCAGGAGGCCAAGGGGAAUAAAUGUAGCCACUUUUUCCAGUUAAAAAACGUCUCUUUCUGUGGAUACCAUCCAAAGAACAACAAGUACUUUGGGUUCAUCACCAAGCACCCCGCCGACCACCGGUUUGCCUGCCACGUCUUUGUGUCUGAAGAAUCCACGAAAGCCCUGGCGGAAUCCGUGGGGAGAGCCUUUCAGCAGUUCUACAAGCAGUUUGUGGAGUACACCUGCCCCACAGAAGACAUCUACCUGGAGUAGCAGCGCUGCCCCGCCUUCUGCAUCCCCAGGCCCUCAGGCCAGUGCCAGGACAGCUGGCUGAUGACAGGACAUGGCACUGAUUGGGGAGGGGCACCCGCCAUCACCAGAGGAUGGCGAUGUGGGGGCCGUUGGUCGAGGGUGGGGGAGGGUGGGGGUUAUGGGGAGAGGCAGAAGCAGUUUAUUGUAAUAUAAGGGGUUAGAUUCAUCUAUGGAGGACAGAGUGGGCUGCCGGGGGAUUGGGCGGGGGUGGGGCUGGUGGGUGUCAGUCCUCUGGCCAGGAAGGAUGCCCAUCCCAGGAGCAGAGGGUUCUGAGCCAUGCUGGGCCGCACUUCCCCUGCCAGGUCUCUGGCUCUCUGGCCAUUGGCUCCUGCCUUGAUGAAGCCCAUGCCACCUGCGAGUGCCACCCAGCCCCCAGCUCCCAACCCCAACUGAAGCCCCUGAGCUCAGGCUGAGCCUAGCCACCUCCCAAGGACUUUCCAGUAAGGAAACGGCAGUGGGUGGAGGUGCAGCCCCUAUUCCCAGUUCUGCCACUUGUGUGGCCUCUGGAUGGCUCCACCACCAACCGCACAGGCACGCUGCCUCCUGGCAGGCAGGCCUCACAGGAAGGAGAGAGCUGCAGCAGGGCCCCCGCCCCGGCAGGAAAAGGAGGCUUCCAGACUGGCCUGGGGCUAGCAGGCCUCUUGGCUGCUUGGCUGUAGCCCGUCUUGGUCCUGUCACCCUAGCCACAACUAUUAAAGUGCCAUUUCCUGUCUGGA